UCUCCACUACACAACCAAAAUAACAGAGUGGAGGAUGAGUAAAAUGUAUAAGCUAGUGACAGGAUGAGAGGAGAAGAGCUAUAUAACCUAUAGUAGAGAAAGCUACAGACAGAUCCCUGAAACAUAUAGCGGAAUACCAAUACAUACCAUACCUGGAGGCGAAGGCGUGACAGAGAACCUUUUGGAGCUGCUGUGAACUCCAGCUUUUUGCUAGCCUAGGCAUCAUUCUCCACCAUUGUCCUGGGAGCAAGAGUCUCCACGAGAGAUGACGGAAAUUACAGAUACUGAAAGACUGGCGCUGGCCUGGUAUCUGUGGCUGGCAGUGAGCUUCGCAGCUGGAGUUGAUGAGCACCUUUGUCCUAGAGGAGCACAGGUCCAUCUGGCCAGUCUGAAGUGCUACUGGCUGUCGACGUCAGCAAUGUCAUUGCUAAAGGCGAAGGCUAUCUGUCGUCAGGUAAAUGGUGGUGAGCUAGCCACAGUCAGAAACACUGAAACUGAGAUGUUCAUCCACAACUCCUUCCCAUUAACAUUCCCUGAGUGGGUCUGGGUGAGGAAUGGACGGGGACAAUGGCCUGAGGGGGGUGAGGAUAUAGGAACAGAGAGCCCUCCUGGCUGGGACAGGGAGAGUGUGGGGGGGUGCAUCCUGAUGGCCCAGGGUUCACCAGGAAAGAGGAGGAACACCACAUGUGAUGGACAAUACCUGUUCUUCUGUGAGAAGGCGCUAACAGUCUCCCUGCCUUCACUGGACAGCUACCUCACAGGUGUUCCUCUUAUGUCGGGUGUGUAUGCCAGGUCAGAGCUACAGAUCCUGCCUACAGUUCCAGAAACAGAUCAUCAGAGAGUGGAGAUGCUGCUUUUCCCUGGGUUGUGGUUCAGUAAUGCUGGCCAUGUUGUGUCGGUGGAGCUGGUCAGCCAGCCCAGAGAAGUGUUCACCCAGGUCAGAGUGCAGAUCCUCCGGCCUUACUGCAGCCCCCACCACCAUCUGGUGCCCCCAGGUUGCAGCGCUCUCCUGAACCCGUUCAGCUGUUGUUCUACAGCUCCUCUGUGUAACACUACCGGAGGCUGUUCACUGGGACAGUACUGGUGCCACCUGCUGGAGGCCUGCGUCCCCGUAACCAGUCCCUGCAGUCCCUACAACCUGUCUCCCUCUACAGACGGGCACAGCUACCUCCUCCCCCCCAGAUACUCUGACAUUCCACCCUUCUAUCACCUGGUAGCAGACAUGCCCAUGAGAGUGGGUCCUAGCUCAGAGCCUGCUCAUGUUAGUGUGACCCUGACAGAGAGGGACAUCGGCGUUUACCCAGAUGAUAUUCUGGCAGUCCAGCACACCGGAUUUCCCGGAACCUUCCUGCGUUGUCGCGGCAACGUCUCAUCAUCCUCCUCCCCCUGGCGCCAGAGCUACAUCUCGCUGCGAGGGGCAGAGUCAGGGGGCUGGUUUGAGAGGGGCCUCUCUUCCCCACUGGAUGGAGGACAGUGGGUGGACGGGGUGCUGUGCGACCUACGGGUGUUAUAUGUAGACACGCUACAUGAGCACGGCUUUACUCCCAGUAUGGGCCAGAGUGAUGUCAUGGGCCCCAUUAGUACGACCGUUAGUAUGAUCCCCGAAACCUCAGUUCCUGCCUCGUCAGAAGGUCACGUUUCCGGGCUUUGCUUGAUCCAUCCUCUCCCUGACGGAGACAGAAAAAUCCAUCUCUCAGUUGACACUCCUACACUUAUUGUGGUGAAAAUACUUUCAGGAAAAGGGGCUACCAGCUCCUGGUUAGGACCGGUGGCCCAGACAGGGGUUCCGUUCCUCCCUUCCUGCCCUGGAGCAUUACCUGACACCUGGCCUGGCUGUAGGAAAGACUCCCGUAACACCUGGUUUUCCCAUGUGUCCGUGGUGCUACCAUCAGUGGGUGUCCACACUCUAAAUGUUAGUGCUGUGAAUGAAGUGAGUGAACAGAGUACCAGUGUGCAGGUGUUUGUCUACGAGCCUGUGACUGGACUCAGCAUAGAACCUCAUGGACACCUGAGGAUGCUUGUAGAACUUCCACAGGUAUUCACAGCCAAGGUGAACACUGGCUCCUCAGUAAAGUACCUGUGGGUGGUUGACGACCUGGAGAAGUAUUCCUAUGAGGGAGACACCUACAAUGUUGUGUUCAGGAAGCCAGCUGAGUACAAACUGAAGGUGACAGUCACCAACCCUGUGAGCUCACAGACCGUAGAGGUUACUGUGACUGCUGACACAAUGACCCCUCUGGCCAACCCAGAAUUCCUCUCUGUUAAUGAGGUCAUCGCUGUAGACACCAUACAUCUCUAUACCUUCAGGGUCAAAGCUGACGUCUCCUUAGGCAUUACUUUUAGUUGGUCUUUCGGGGAUGCCAGUGCCCAGAUGAACCACACCUUCCCUGCCCCGUCCGAGUCCCAGGACAUGCCAGUGGAGCCAGGCAUGAGACAGGUGUACGUGGAGGACUCUGUGAGCCACGCCUACCUCCAGCCAGAUGACUACACACUGACCGUACGGGUAUACAACCCAUACGACUGCAUUGAGGGGGCCGUGUCAGUGAGAGUCCGGCCACCGUUGACUCGUCUACUCAUCUCCCCGUCGCCUCCGGUUCCCUCCGUCCAUCAGACCAUUCUUCUAGAAGCCUUUUCACAACCGUCUCCCUACGGAAUCCUUUACACUUGGGACUUUGGGGACGGUUCUGAACAGGUCCAAGGAUCCCCAGGCCAAGUCACUCAUGUCGUUCGCCACACUGGGCUUUAUAACAUGACUGUGCGCGCUAAUAACACCCUGACAGCACUGACCGCCUGGGUGGCUGUGGAAGUGGUAGAGAAGGUCUCCGGGCUCCAGUUGAGCUGUAGUGGACCUAGUGAACUGAAGUCUGUGACUGAAAUCAAGGGCAAAGUGGCUUCAGGUUCGAGUCUUCACUGGGCCUGGGACCUUGGUGACGGGUCUGAACAUAAAUGCAUCACUCACAGCUCGGUCUCCCACGUCUACAAGUCCCCAGGGAGUUACACGGUCAGAGUGACUGUGUCUAAUGCAAUCAGUCAGGCUAGCCAGGCCAUCCAAGUGGAAAUCUACCGGUUGGCCAUCAGUGGAAUUCUGCCAUCAGAGUGUUCUGAGACAGAGAAAGAGAUACAUCUCGAAGCACUGGUGAAUGGGAACGUUUCCCUGUUGACUUUCCAAUGGAUUUUUGGGGAUGGAUCACCUUUGUCAAUACAGAAGGGAAAGUCCAUUGCUUUUCACACUUAUUCAAACCCUGGCAUUCAUAAUAUUAGUGUUACUGUAGUCAGUAAGGUGGCAUCAGUCGUUUAUGAUGGUAAAGCUUGCAUUGAGGCCCUGAUUACUGAGCUAAGCCUUCGACCAUCACAUGAUGUUGUGGCAGUGGGAGAAGAAGUGUGUUUUGAGGCAGUUGCUGACCCAAAAACACAGCCCACGGGCUAUCAGUUCCUGUGGUUUGACCAGACCACCAACAGCUCUCCUGUAAGAGGACUGGCUCAUCAUUGCUCUGUUUAUGAAGAAGGGAUCCAUGAUAUCGCUGUAAUGGCAAGUAACACAGUCAGCCAGAGAACGGCCAACGUCACUGUUUCUGUUCAGAAGCUUGUGACUGAACCUUCCAUAGCAAUUAGUAGUCAAAACCAUACUCUGACUGUCAAUGAGAAGGCUACAUUUUGGGUUAGGAGUUGCACUGGGACCAAUGUGUCUGUGCUGUGGGACUUUGGCGAUGGCUCACCAUGGGCAAAGAGUUCACCAGGGGUAAAUGUCUCUAACGUCUUCACUUCCGCUGGCCGAUUUACAGUCAAGGCUACAGCUUCCAAUGCAGUAAGUCGGGAGUCUGCGACCCUGGAUGUGAAUGUGCUGCUUCCUUUGUCAGACCUGACACUAGAAAUCUGCCAGCCAUUUGCAGAAGUAGGGGAAGAGACAGUCAUAGCAGCAGUUGGAAAUGUUGCUGGUGACGUCAGCUAUUACUGGUCAGUGAAAGGCACUGCCACCCAUAUGCAGGGGACAUCUAAGUUUAGGUAUGUGUUCCCAAAAGCAGGUGAACAUGAGGUCAAAGUCACAGCCCAGAAUCUGGUGAGCCGAAAAGAGGCCGUCAUUUUGAUUGAGGCUUUGGAGAGAAUACAGGGCCUUCAGAUCUCCAGUCAGAACCAGACACCCAUGGUGUACAUACCAACCAGAGAAUGUGUCUUUCUCACUGCUUCAGUUACACAUGGUUCAAAUGUGACUUAUCAUUGGUUAGUGAACCAAACGGGCGUAACUCAAACAGCCAGUGUUGGGGAGAGCUUUCAACUGUUUGCUGAAUCUCUGGGUAAUAUCUCUGUUCAGCUGACUGCUUCCAAUGGACUUAGCAAGAUGACCAGCUGCUUUGAUCUGAAGGCAGUGGAAAGGGUUUCAGGGGCAAGAAUGUCAAUGGUUAGUGACACCGUGUCGGUUGGGAAACCUGUCAAUAUAUCUGUAACCUUGGAUACUGGAUCUGACCUGCAGUAUCUCUGGAAUGUAAAUUCAGACCUUUUACCCAUACAGACUGAUGUUCCUUUUCUUCUUUACAUGUUUGAUGCUCUAGGUCAUCCUCGUGUGAGUGUGUCGGUCCAGAAUGUUCUUGGUUCAAUCAGUGUCACCAAAUAUUUCACUGUCCAGGAGGAGGUUAGAGAGAUAGACUUUCAGAUAAAUGGAAAAACACAUCCAUUCUUUAUAAUUCCAAAUCAUCCAGUUCAGCUCAGUGGGUAUGUUCGUAAAGGGAGUAGUCUGCACUGGGAGUGGAAAGUUGAUGAGUGUACUGGAGUUACUGUGGUUUUGGCCAAUAAUCAGUCAGUUAUCUACAAUUUUAAUGAUGUAGGGGUCCAUAAAGUCUCUCUGAAUGUCUCAAAUAAUAUUAGCUGGCAUACAGUCUCACACAAAGUAACCAUCCAGGACAUUAUUCAGGGUUUCACGAUUAACCUUAGUGGGUCUACAGUCUGCGCUAAUGAUCAUAUUGUUUUUACACCAGUAUUUUCUAAAGGAACCAGUGUCAGCUUUUCAUUAGCCAUUGAUGAAGUUGAGUCCUCAUAUGACCUUGCUGAGGGAAAUGUCACCACCUCCACCCUCCCGGUUGGGUCUCACUGUAUCAUAGCUAAAGCCUGGAACCAGGUGAGCAACUCACAGAUUUCAUUGGCUGUCCAUGUGGUUGAGAGGAUCCAUGGGUUACGAUUGGUCAACUGUUGUUCUACUGCUCUGGACAUUUUGAAAGAGAUUCAUUUCCAAGCUGAUGUCAUAAGUGGAUCUCCAACUGACUACAUCUGGACGAUCCAAUUAGAAGGGUUCAAGCCUUUACAAGUCACUGGAAAGGAAGUGAUGUAUUCCUCACCUGGUAGUGGUUUGUUAUAUGUGAGUGUGAUGGCCAGCAAUGGCUUUUGCUCUGAAACCCUCAAUGAGACAGCCAUUGUUCAGGUACCUGUGAAGGAGGUCAAGAUAGUUUGUGAUUCUACAGAAAUAUUUAGUGACUAUAGUGUCACCUUUCUUGUCAAAGCAGAUGGUGGCAGCAAUUUAAGGUUUCGGUGGGACUUUGGAGACACAAAUAAAGAAGUUGUUGUCACAGAAUACAAUACAGUAGACCACAUUUAUGUCACCCCUGGGGAAUACAUUGUCCAAGUCACAGCUUUUAAUAACAUCAGCCAGGUCUCCACACAACUGCGUAUAGAGGUGAGAGAACUCCAGUGUUCCCUCCCUAACGUCACCUUAGUCCAGAGCCAAUCCACAAUCCUCAAGUCUAGACCUGGCUACUUUGAAGCGAGAGUAGAUGCCAAAGGUUGCACCGCAUACAAAACCAUGUACCUAUGGGAAGUGUUUAGUGGGUCAAGCAGUCACCCGAUGACACAAAGCAGUGGAUACCCAAUAACACAGGACAGCGGUGGACAUCAAGUGAACUUGACUAGCUUGGUGGAUGUGACCACACCACUGUUGUCCCUCCCUAAGCAGGCCCUUGAGGUGGGCCAGUACACCCUGAAGUUCACUGUCUCUCGCCAGAGCAGCCCUCUAUGUCUGUACAGGACGUCCAGGCUGUCUGUGGUCCACAGCUCCCUGGUACCCAUAAUCAGCGGCGGAUCGCACAGACUGGUGCCCAGCCACAGUGACCUGUUCCUGGAUGGAUCAGAGUCCCAUGACCCUGAUGUAGAUCUGGAAGAAGACGGGGAACUGAAGUUUCUCUGGGACUUAAUCACUGAGAACCCCACUGAGAGGUGGUCCCAGGACCAGAACCAAUUUGUAGGGUGUGAGAACCGCACGUUGAUGGUCGCCAGUGGGAGGCUACAGCCGGGCCGGGACUACCUGUUCACCCUCACUGUACACAAGGAAGGGAGGGGACCCGUCUCCACUACACAGUCUGUGACGGUGUCUCCAGUUGCAGUGCUUCCCGUUAGUGUAGAGUGUGUUUCCUGCAGUACUCAGUCUGGUUUCCGCGUCAGCCACAGUCGCCCUAUAGUGCUCUCAGGUCGCUGUGACCGGUGUGGGCACCCUGUUCAGUACAAAUGGAGCGCGGAGGAUCAAAACGGCAUGAACCUUGACCUGAAUGAGGUCAUCACCACCACACAAGGUCUCUCUCCUGACCUAGUGGUCCGACCGGGGGUUCUGCAAGCAGGAUAUAACUACACCUUCACCCUAAAUGUUACCCAUAUUACUGGAGGUCGAUGGGGUUGUGCCAGAAUAACCCUCCUUCCCAACCUUCCACCCCAAGGAGGAGUAUGUACUCUGACCCCAGGUCAUGGAGAAAUCAUACAGCCGCUUGAGACUGUGGUCACAUACAACUGUUCAGGUUGGCUGGAUGAGGACAGUGAAGAUUCUCAGCUUAUCUACACACUCCAAGUGGCAUUGUCAUGCUCAGGUUGGGACCAAGAAGGUGCCCUGUUUACCCUCUACAGGGGUACUCAGUGUACAUUUGGCAGCUUGGUUCCUCUUGGGGAGGUGGGUCCAGAGAAGUACCUGUCAGUCAUCUUUGUGAUCCUUCAAGUCGAGGACAGCCUGGGGUCAAAGGUCACCGCCCUCAACGGAACUCUAAAAGUGCUGAGACCUGGGGACGGAGACGGGAUCACAGAGUGGCUGAGAAACAAGAGCCAAACAGAAUUCUGGGGUUUACUGCAACAGGGGAAUCCUCAGCAGCUCAUUCCAUUUUCCAUCGCCCUCAGCAGCCAGCUCAACCAGGUGGAUGAGGCUUUGAGUGAGCAAGAUCUCAGGUACAGAAGGGAGAUCAGGGCGAAUGUGACACUGGCACUGUCCUCUCUGCCGGUCUCCUCUCUUCAGGUUGCAGCCCAGAUCAGCUCAGCCUUGGCCCAGUCCACUGCAGUGCCCAGUGAGGUAGUGUGUGAGGGCUGUCAGGAGCAGGUUUUAGAAUCCGUGGGGAGAAUGAUCAAGGUUUUGGAAAAGUGGAACGGACCACGAGACGACACAACUAUAGAGACGGGCAAGAACAUUCUUCAGGUUAUCGGCAGUUCCUUGGCCGCUGUGUCUGACCCCAACCUCCUCUCAUCUGCUCCUCACACGCACGUCAGAGCCUUUGAAGUGGCAGCAUCAGCUCUGGAUCACGCAGGGGCUCUCAUGCGUUCUCUGAUGCGCUCAAGGGCACGGGGCGAGGAAUCCCUCUCUCUCUCAGCCCCACAGAUCAGUGCUGUUGGCUACCAUGGAUACCCUUCAGAACUCCUCUGCACCACCGGUCCCUCCAUCGACACCUGGCAAUCAAACCGAACCAGCCAAUUCAAGACAAAUGAUGAGUCAUAUCCACCACACCACCCCUGCCAGUUCCUCAUCCCUCCUUCUUUCAGUGAACAGCUCCAGCGAGAGGUCCAGGGGUCUGGAGUGGUACAGAUUCUCUUGGGUUUGGAAGGGGGUUCUGAGUUCCUCUCAGCAGCCAACCCACCCAUCUGUACUUCUCUGGCAGCCAUGGAGUUCACCACGCCCCAGGGAAAUCCCAUACCCAUCAAUGACCUGGACACUGACAGUUCUAUCAGGGUCACUUUGCCCAGCAGAUAUACUGUGGGGAGGUUUGAGGCUGGGGAGCAGGGUAAUGGUGGGAGUGGAAGGGGGGACGCUUUUAGAUCUGGGAGUCUGGAUAGAGACCCGAUGGUUCAUUUUACCCUCCCAGCCAAUGGGUGUCUGAAUUUUACAUUGAAGCCAGUAAAGAGCAUGCAUCCCAAUGCCGGACUCUACAUGUCCUUGAACUUUAGUCUGCUUCCAGGAACUUCUCAACUGGGUUCAGGUCAUGUGAGAAUCACUGUGGCCACACAGUCAGGGCAUUCUGCAUCCCAUGAUUCCCUUAUCAGAGAGCUGACCAUCUCCCUCUCCACCCAGUCAGCAAUGGAGAACACCGUCUUCCUCUCUCCUCUACUUAACAGCACAAAGCAAUUUCUCUACGUGAACCUGACAUCCAGCCUGAGAGGAGCUCCAGUCCAGGCCUCAGUGUGUGUCUUCAGCUCCCUAUGCCAAUAUUUCAGCCUGAGGGAGAGACGUUGGAGUUCCGAGGGCCUCUGGCCUCUGGAGGGCAGCACCCUCCAUUCAGCACACUGCCUCACCCAGCACCUCACCAUCUUCGGGGCCAGUCUGUUUGUCCACCCAGACGCUCUGGUGUUACUGCCGCCAACCAGUGGUUCUGUGCGUAACGUGGUAGUUGGGGUUGUAUGUGUUGUCCUGGUCAUUAUCCACAUCCUUCUGGGUCUGAUCGCCCACAAACUGGACCACCUGGAACGCCUGAGACUCUGUCAUGUACCUCUGUGUGGCUGGCCGGGACGCUACAGCUACAGGGUCCUAGUUAAAACAGGCUGGAGACGAGGAGCAGGCACCACUGCGCAUGUGGGCAUCAGUUUGUUCGGGGUGACUAAAAGCGGGUCGCGCCACCUGCAGCAGGAGGGGGCAUUCCAACGGAAUGGUCUGGACCUGUUCCACCUGGAGACAGACAGCAACCUGGGAGAGGUGUGGAAGAUACGCCUCUGGCAUGACAACACAGGUCUGGACCCAUCGUGGUAUGUAAAGCAUGUGGUGGUGUGGGACCCCCAGAGAGACCAUGUUUUCUACUUCCUGGUAGAAGACUGGCUGUCUGUUGAGAAUGACAGGAACGAGGGAGGAGGGACUGUGGAGAAGGAAGUCUUGGCAUCCUGUCCUGAGGAGCUUUUUCAGUUCCGACGUGUUCUCUCCUCCCAGCUGAUGUUUGGAAUCCUGGAACGCCACCUGUGGCUGUCUCUUUGGGAAUGCCCCGCCCACAGCCAAUUCACACGCAGUCAGAGGGUGACAGUGUGUGCCCUCCUGCUACACCUCUUCCUGGCAAUAGGGGCAAUGUGGUAUGGAGCUGUUGGCACACAGGGGCAAAGUGGGCCGGUUUCAGCUAGGCUGCUUGUAACCUCGGAAACAGUUGUUAUAGGGAUGACUGUCGCCGUCAUGGUGUUACCUCUCCAGUGUCUUAUUUGCUUCCUUUUCCGGAAGACCCGCAGCCAGGUAGCUGUGGACAUGUCAGGACCUCCAUCUCCUGUGUGUCAGUCAGUGGAGAUGGAUGUCGAUCUAGGCCAAUCAGAUAUUUCCUGCUCUUCUUUCCUUUCUUUGCCUGGAGGACAUGUGACAUCAGGCCUGGACAGAGACACACCCUCUUCUUUAAUGGGAAGCAAGGUAUUUGAUGCUGAAUUCUGGAAUGCUACUAUCCUGGGAGUAGAGAACGAUGGAGAUGUCAUGACCCUGUGGCCCUCUUGUGACAGUCUCACUGACCUCCAAGGGCAUGCCUUGGAAAUACCCUCUAACACUUUAGGGUCAUCCGUGGGCCAUGCCCGUCUGCUGACGAGGAAAAAGGCCCUAAUGAAGCUGUGCUUGGCCUCUCCUUCCUCAACCCAGUCUCUGGUCUCUCCCUCCUCAACCCAAUCUCUGGUCUCUCCCUCCUCAACCCAAUCUCUGGUCUCUCCCUCCUCAACCCAAUCUCUGGUUUCUCCCUCCAUCUUCUCGUUGUUCUCUCCCGUUCCUGUGUCUCUGUCCCAGUCCCGGUCACAUCUGCUUCCAGAAUGCAUUCACAGCCACAGUCACAACCUGCCAGGCAAUGCCUUAACCCUGUCUGAGGAGGACCUGCUGCGGUCUAUCGACGCAGACGCAGGAGGGACCAACAUUCUGUCAACACCUGACAGCGGUCGCUAUUCUCCCCGGACCCCCUAUCCGUCCCACAUCCAGAGCCAAGGCAGGUCCUGCAGCAGCUGGUCUGAGCUGAGUGUGGACAAACCAUUGUACGGAACAGAGACCCACAAACCUUUCUCUUCUCUUACCUCUCUGUAUGGGACCAGACGUUCCUCGUCUCUCACUAUCGACUCCAUUGCCAGUACCUUCAUCCCCAGUCCCUCCCCUGACUCUUCUGACUCCCCCACACGCAUAGGUGUGGCCCGUGACAAGCCUGGCUGGCUGCUUCCUCCCUGGACCCUGAGUGUAAUUUAUCCCCUGGUGGCAUUAGUACUGGGGGCCUGCCUGGCCAUUGUAGGCCUGUAUGGGAGUUACUUCUCCAACCCUGUGGUUUUAAUGUGGCUCAUCUCAGGCCUGUCCGCCUUCCUCACCUCUGCUCUGAUACUGGAGCCUGUCAAGGUGUUUGUGCAGGCGUUGUUCUAUGCUGUUGUGUUCAGGCCUGUAGACCCUGAGGUGAGUGAUCGGCUUGGACAGGAGUCUGUUGUGAGGAGGGACAGAGGCAGGCAGGGAGGAAAGGUGCGCCCCCCUUGUGGGUUUGGCCUUUUGCAAGCCAAGGAGGAGGCCAGGAAAGUGAAAGCACUACGAUCCAUCAUGAAGCACUGUGUGGGUCAGAUGGGGUUCCUGUUGGUGGUGUUGAUGGUGAACUACCAAGACUGUGUUCAGGAGACCCAGGGGAGACUGCUCCGCACUGCUGUCAAACUUUCGCUGACCUCUGACCCCAACUCCAUGUCCGGGUGGGAGGGGGCAUGGCAGUGGAUGGAUAACACCCUAGUGCCACACCUCCAUCAAAACCCCGCCCUACACCUGGUGGGGUUACCACGGAUACGCCUCACACACACUCCAGACCAAAACAGGCUGUUCUCCUUGGGGAACAACACUAUGGCGACACGACAGCUUCUCUCCAGACUACACAGCAAACGCUGGACCACAGCAGAGUUGAAGACUGUGUCCAUUGACUUCACCCAGUACCAUAGAGGGACCGGUGUGUUUUUGUGUGUGUCUGUUCUUCUGGAGAGGAUCCGAACACACACAGUCCUCCACUCCCUGUCCAUCCUUCCUCUCAUCAUCCCUCCAUCGUCCUCAGGACCAGACCUGCAGAUUGCACUCAUGGUGCUCCUACUUCUCUCUGCACUCUACUUCCUGGGGGCGGAGCUAUGGGCAAUGGCUACAGAGCAUGCACAGUACUUGCGUGAGGGCUGUCACUGGCUCCAGCUCCUCCUGGUCUCAUUGUCUCUGGCAACGGCCACACUGCGAAUUUGCUUCCUGUUUCAGGCUACUUCCUGUCUGUCCCAGCACCACUUCAGACCUGACUCGUUCACUGAGUUCCACAGCGCUGCUCUGCUGGCCAGGAAGUCCAUAGAUAUAUCAGCCAUACUGCUCACUUUGCUAGUAUUCAAGAUGGUGGCUACUCUACGGUUUGUGCGGAGAUGGGUGGUGUUUGGGCGACUGCUUCAGCAGGCAGGGAAGGAGGUGGUUGCUAUAGCUCUGCUGGUGGUACUGUUGAUGUUGCUCUUCUCUCACACUGGAUACAUGCUCUUCUCAAGGUCUGUGGAUGGGUUCCUGUCUGUGAGCCAGGCGGUUGGGUCAGUGCUGUCUAUGCUGCGUGGUGGUCUGGUUCUCCAGAGGCUCAGCGGGGCUCACCCUGUCCUCGGACCCCUAUACACCCUCUCUCUACUGGGGCUGGGAGGCUGGCUGCUGGCCCGCUUCUCUGGAGCUGUGCUGCUCUGCACAUACAGGUUCACACAGGCUGAGAUGUACAGGAUAGCCAUGGAGCCUCAGGACUAUGAGAUGGUGAGGUUUUUUAUCAAGAGACUGAAGCUCUGGAUGGGACUCAUUAAGGCCAAGCAGUUCAGACACAGGGUGAAGUUUGAGGGCGUAGUGGUACCUCCCUCCAGAUCAUCCCGGGAAUCAUGUGUCUCUUCCUCCCUCUCGUCAUUUCUCUCUUCUCCCCGUCCCCUGUCCUCCACCGCCUCCCUGCGGUCCGAGGACUUUGGUUUUUCUGACGCUCCGUCCUUGGAUGUUCAGCCCUACCUGGACCGCCUUCUGCCCCUCGUCGACACUCUCCUCUCACGGUUUGACCGCGUCAACCAGCUGGCCGCAGAUAUUCAUGGUCUGGAGAAGCAGUUAGAGGAGGCUGAGAGCAGCAAGAGGACGAGGAAGAUCCAGGGACUUGGGGGAGAGAGGAGAGAAAGAGGAGGCAGGACAGGUGCGAGGGUGGCUCAUUCUCUCAUCUCCCUCCCUUCCUCUAUACAUUUGUUCGACCCCAUCACCUCUCUCUCUCGCCCCACCUACACCAAUCCCUCCCAGCCUUGCAUUCGCAGCUCUUUCUCUGAGUCUGCCGUUCUCCAGAUUCACCCACUUCCACUCAGAGAUGCCCAGUUUUUUGAGAAAAGGAAGCCCACCCACGGGAGCCCUGUCCUGGGUUUAGACAACGGGUCGUCUAGAUAUCCUGAAGCCAGGCAGUUUCCCAGACGUCGAGCCUGGCAUUCUGGGAGUUCUCAGUCAGCUGAUUCAGCUCAGAGGCCCCUUCAGGCUAUGAGUGGACAAGACAGAGAGGCCAACAUCAGGGCCAGGCCCCAGAGCGAGGAGGGGGGAAGGAGACGCAGCAGCGAGGGGCUGCCUGUCAAGAGACGGGCCUGGAUCUCAGAGGGGCCUGAGACAGACCCAGACUCAGACAGAGGUUCAUGUGCCAACUACUGUUAAACUACUACCAAAAUAUUUAAGGCAUAUUUUUUGUGGAUUUCACGCAUUAUUAGUAUAGAGGAAAGGGUGAAAUAGGGGAGUUUACUGAAAUAUUCAAACCCAUGCUACAGCAGUAUGUGCGCACAGGAGGCAAAUGCUUGGGCCGCUGGACACAACUUUUAAGGUUCAACUUAGCUAUAAAGUUAACCAUUUCCCACAGUUCUCUACCUCAUCCCACUGUUGUCUACCUAAAGUGCUUAGAACGUUUUUAGAUAUGUCACAUACCUAUUCUGGGGCUGUCAACAUUUAUGUGAAUCGCCUACUUUUUUACCUUCAAUUUAGUAAUUUGGAUGUGUAUGUUCAUGUCUUUUGCAAGAUUUUUUUUAUUACUGUGAAAUUUGAAUAAAGUAACACCAUUAUUAAGAAGGAACGGAAUACUCUGCUUUGUGCCGAUCGUACCUUCAGGUAACCAGGACUAGACAGUGGAUCGAAUGUAAAAUAAAUCAUUAAAUAGAGGACGUUGUUUUUCCAAGGAAUAUGUAAUCUGGACCAAAAUGAUAACACCACUGAUAAAGAUCAGCAAGAGUAUAGAUUAAAAAUAUACAAAUACUUUUUGUGUACUUUGUAUGCCCAAAUAAGUUAUUUAUAUUAUUUAAUAGCUUCGGAAAGAUUGGAUUGUUUUCACCUUAUCUUUUGGAUUUCAUUCUCCAAAAGAUAAGGUAAAAACAUUGGCACCCAGGUUUUCAACACCUUCCAUUAGCAUAUUCUGGGAAGUUACCAGAACUGAGCCUUUCUCUAAAAUGUUUCAAAAGAUCAGAGAACAUAUUGGUAUGAAUCUUAGAAUAUUUUGUCUAUACAGUAUCUUUUCAGAUCCUUUUAUUAUGGAAUAUCCACUUGCAACCAAGUUUUAGCCCGGUGGCAGAGGCAACCACAUUUUUGACUAAAAUGACUUGGUACUGGGUAAAAUCCAUACCGCUGUUGACCUUUAAAGGGGCCCAGGACAUUUGGAAGCAAAUC